UAUUCUAUGCACAAAAUAAUGUUUUGAACAUUUUUUUUACUUCUUCGAUCUUUACAUAUCCAAAUGAAACGCUUCUUGAAAAGAGCCAUCGAGCCAUCGAGCUGCUCUGAGCCGCUCACUGAAAUGAACCGUUUUGUCCAUCUCUAGCCGACGAGGAAUGUGGAAAAAUUCUUUAUACGCAAUUUGUCUUUCAAAUAGUGUGCCUUCGGAAGCGCCUUCCUUAGCUUAGCAUAUAAACUAUUGCAAAAGGAGAUUUCCUAUAAGUUAUAUAUGGUGCGAGGGAGGAGUCUGAUACACUCAAAAUGGACACUACAUACUAGGGAUUAAUAUCCGAAACAAUAAAACCAAGACUAUUUUAGGCGCUUUCAUGUCAGAGUAGAGUCACUCUAAACGGCCACUAAUCAGCUUUAUGGGAACAUUCAAAUGCGGUCCAGAGCGACAACAUACUCUUUUGGAUUGAUCUUCGUUGAUAGGUUAUGACCCACCAGAAGGUUUUGUAUAAGCACUGUAUCGCCUAUAUCGAGUGAAUGCUUUCUAGCAUGGCAUCGCAGGUCUCCUGAUUGUUUGCCUUUAUUCUUCAAAACCAGAUCCUUGUCAAGAGCUCCAUUACUGAAGGGCAUUGUCUCAAUGGCACAUAACAUCCGGCACCAUUAAUUAGUUCAUACAUUAAAAUCUGCAGCAAAAUUGAACAAAUGUUUCAAUCAAAAAUCGUUGCUGUUUCAACUUACCCCAGGGUUGAAAAAAACGUGGGGUGAGUUGAAAUACUUGAUCUGCUUAUGAGUUCUAUACGAAAAAAAAACACGAACGAAAAUUUUGAUUUCACGAACGACGAAAGGUAAACUAAGGCGCGGAUUGCAUAGGCAUUCCAAUACUUUGAUUAUGACUGUAAUUAGAUGAGUUGGAAAAAUAUAUCAAGUCAAUCCAUUAUUCCUAGUAAAAGUUAUUGCUUCCGUUUUAACUUCCCCGUGUUUCAGCGUGUCCCUGUGUACCCUUUAUUUUUUUUUCAUUGCAAUCUUGACUGAUUCAAUCGUAAGGAGUAGGGGCGCAUUAAGGUGUGGGAGAACUCUGGUCAAAUUUGUCAAACUCCAUGUCCAAUGUAACAGUUUUUUUUUCUGUUGCUCCACUAGCACAACUCAGACACGCAAAAGUUGGAUUGGAAGCUGCAACGUGGUCCGGAAUCAAACUGGGUAUCGUCGGAGAAGGACACUUUGGACCCUCACUACAGACCUACAACCUACAGGCAUCCGACUUUUUUUUUCCUUUGUAAUAAUUGUUUUUUGAAAUAAUUUUGUUAAAAAACACCUGGGAAUUUAAACCUGGCAUAAAUAUUUUGACAAUUACAUAACUUCCCGAAAAGUUCUGCCCUAACGCGAUCUACCCAAUCGACAACUCACCGCACCACUUUGCGUGGUGCGAGUUCAAUCAUCCGAACACGGGACCUAUCAUCACGGGUUUGGCAAAUCAGUGAAUCGCGACCAAGUGUGUGACAGUGUUAGGCUAUAAAAGUGCCAUCGAUGCCGUCAUCUCGUUCAUUACCGUGUGCACCGGUUUUCCGAACAGAGCGUUGCUUUUCGUCGCGAUCCGCGCAACAUAUUAAUCGUGAAGUGAGUGUGUGUUUUUGUCCUGAAGUUUAUGUACUGAUAUGACUUUGUGAGGUGCCAUAGAUCAACGGGUAGAACGUGAACACGUGUCCGUGACUGUUAGGAUAAAUCCUCACGAACAAACGUGUGCCUGUGUGAUUUGGAACUAACAGAUCAGUGAAAGGACAAGCUAGUCGGUUUGCAGAUUAUGUCUUACAUCGGCAAUGCCUCGGACGUGGAGCAGGAGAAAAACAUGACCGAGUACCGGCGGCAGCGCAGCUCCAGCAAUCUGAUGCCGACCGGUUCGAAAGCCGUUGGUAGCCCAAAGUUAUCGGAUGUGCUGUGGAAUGACAAGCGGGCCAGCCAAGGCAACCAGACCGACGACGACGAUUCCGAGGUGUCGGAUACCGAGAAUUUUCUGGCCAAAGGGGCCUUCCUACUGACACCCUCGCACGAGCUCUCGAUGGAUCGAGCGGCUCUGAUCUGCGAGAAGAUGAACUUCAAAGGUUGCUUUAGUCUAACGAAAACGGCCACUGGAAUACUGUUCAAAUUCUCUAAUCCAGAAGACUACCAGGCCGUGUUCAAGAAGGGCUUCCACAAAGUGACCGGCGCGCGCUUCUACAAGAAGGUGGCCAUCCCGUGCCGGCCCCAGAAAACCUUCAUGCUGUACGUGUUCGACGUGCCGGAGGAUCUACCCGUGGAGGAUAUCCGCCACUCGUUGUACCGGUUCAACUCGGUGGUCGAGGUGGUCCGCCUGGUGGUUAGCUACCAGAAGCAGUCGAACGCCCAGGAGGUGGAACAGAUGCAACCAGGCACAGCUACUCCCAAACCACAGAUGCCCAAACUGUCCACGGCAAAGCCAAUCGACGAGCAGGAUGUGGCCCUGCAACGUGACUCGCCGCCACCUCCCAUACGGAUCACGCUGGCCUCCAUCGAUGAGUAUCACCAUCUGCUGCAGAAUGGGCUUGACUUUUACGGGGCGACAUUCUUCCCGACGGAGCCCACCCUGCCGGCUCAGGCAGCGAAAAUUGCCACCAAAAAAGGAAGUCGCAUGAUCGACGGCAGCAUACCAGGGCGUGUUCGCGAGCUGCUUCCGGUGUUUGAUGCAACCGGGUUUAGCAAGAUUCCACCGCCGGCUUCCAAGACGAUCAAACCGCGCUCAUAAACUGUGUAUGUGUGGCGGGUGUGAGGGCGUGCACGAGCGCCUGCCAUAAAAGGCCAAACCAGACCGAUUUACUUUACUCGCACUAGCGAUGAUAUGAUUUUUGCUAGAAGGAAAAUGAACCCGAAUAUGCUGUUAUUAUUAGUAGGAAAUGAAUCCAUUGUUAUAUCCAGACGGGAUACAGUCGAUUAGUUUUCUUCAGACAAUGAUGAAUCGUUAGAUGAAAACAUAUAUAAAUUGUAGCAUUAACGAUAAUUGUGGUUUCAACAUGCUUGUUGCUUGUACGUUUUACGCAUUACGGUUUGCUCCACUGAUAAAUCAUUAUUGUAGGCUAAGCACAGAUUAUUAUUUGCUCUAUUCUGAUAAGGUUUAGUCUGUAAGCCAAUCAACAGUUCCUCUUCUUUACCUAUGAAUGAUUUGAAAAUAUGUUUAAUAUCAUGCUUUUCAUAUAACUAUUAUCAUAGAGAGAUAGUCAUGUAAGUCAAAGGUAAAAAAAAUGAAAUGAAAUCACGUUUAUCCGUAGUAGAAGUAAUACUAUAACCCCUCCUGUAGGCUGCUGAUGAUGACAAAAAUAUUGAUGCUGUGGACGAUCCUAACAACUGCUGAUGAUGAUGAUGACGACUAUAGAAUAAAACUUUCAAA